AAGGCUGCUGUUGUCAGUCUGUGCCUGCUAGUGUGAGAGAGAGCAUCUGGGUUAACUACAACACAGCCAGUAAUGGUGCUGUAAUUGCAGCUUUCUUUCUCUUCCUCUUUUUUCUUUCUUUCACUUUGUCUGGUUCCUGGUUCCCCCUCCCUCACAGCGGCAUUCAGAUGCAUCACGAUGUCAGCGGUGGCUCCCCUGCAGUAAGCAGACAAAGGUUAUGCUGCCCAAAAGCUGUCUGAGUCGAAGUGAGGAAGAAAAGGGCUAAAGCCACAUUUCUCCCUUACCCGGUUUGCUCUCCAGACAGAGCCACAGCAGUUGCAUCCAUCCCACAGAGAAGAGGAGCCAUGAGCAACUCCAACACACCCAGCAAUGUCACAGACGCCAUGGACUCAGUCAUCCACAACCCGGAGGCGCCGUCAGCCUCAACCCUGCGAGGGGCGCAGCGGGCGGAUGAGGAGGAUGAAGGGGACCUGAACAAAGCCCUGGGAGUCCAGAGGUUUCAGCAGAUCAUAAGCCCUGCCCCCAGGAUCCCUGAUGAGCAGCACCGCACCUACAGCGAGGAGGACUUUGAGUACCACCGUCACUCCUCACACCACAUCCACCAUCCCCUGUCCAAGCUGCACUUCGAAGGGAGGAGGAAGAGCGGCAAGAAGAAAAAGAAGGAAAGCGACCGCAAGGACAAUUCAGGCCCCACCAGCAGCACCACUAUUGAGGAAGGAGAGGAUGAGGAAGAUAAUGAGGAAGAAGGUGGAGAGAGCCACACCCAUCUCUCUGAGACGUAUUGUGACACCGUCAAAGAAGAUGUGCAGUUUUUUCUGUCAGAUGAAGAUCACCUGGCCACACCUACCACAGACAUCCCCUGCCCUGCCCGAGGGCUGGAGGUUGUACCCCAGUCUGCCGUGAGCACCGACCCUGAAGAUGCCACCUCCACGGAAAAGCCCUGUCCGGCCUCGUCCAGCAGUGACCCAUCAGACCCCACCCCUCUCAUCCGCGUGGCCAGCCGCAGCUACGACCUGCAGGAGCGCCGGUGCACCGGCAACAUGACUGGCGCCGAGCAGGCUAAGUACGAGCGCAUCCCCACAGACGAGAGCGAGGCGCAGACACUGGCCUCCGCCGACCUGGAUGGGAUCAAAAGCCAUCGUUUUGAGGAUGUCCCUGGGGUACGGAGACACCUGGUCAGAAAGAGCACCAAAGGCCAAGUGGUCCAUGUUGGCAAGGACCACAAGGAGCCCAGCACACGCAGCCAAAAAAAGGACCGGACCCCACAUGAGGUGUUUGUGGAGCUGAACGAGCUUAUCAUGGAUAAGAACCAGGAGAUGCAGUGGCGGGAGACGGCCCGUUGGAUCAAGUUUGAGGAGGACGUGGAGGAGGAGACGGACCGCUGGGGCAAACCCCAUGUGGCCUCGCUCUCCUUCCGCAGCCUGCUGGAGCUCCGCAAGACCAUCUCCCAUGGGGCGGUGUUGUUGGACCUGGACCAGAAGACCUUGCCUGGCAUCGCCCACCAGGUGGUAGAGCAGAUGAUCAUCUCAGACCAGAUCAAGGCUGAGGACCGUGCAAACGUGCUCCGAGCCCUGCUGCUCAAACACAGUCACCCAAGCGAUGAGAAGGAGCACAGCCACAACCCCUUCCCCAGGAACAUCUCGGCGGCCAGCCUGGGCAACCUGCUGCCCCAGCAACACAGCUCCAACCACAUCCACCAUCCAGAGCCCUCCGUCACAGACCCCCUCAUGGGCUCGGCCAGCACAGGGGAGCAGGAGACACGCAUCGACAUGGACAAGAACGACCAGCAGCAGAAGGAGUCUACUCCAAAUAUCGGCAUACACAGGUCGAAGUCCAAGCAUGAGCUCAAGCUGCUGGAGAAGAUUCCAGAGAAUGCUGAAGCCACUGUUGUCCUUGUGGGCAGUGUGGACUUCCUGGAGCAGCCCACCAUGGCCUUUGUGCGGCUGCAGGAGGCGGAGGAGCUAGACUCUGUCCUGGAGGUCCCAGUGCCAGUCAGGUUCAUCUUCGUCCUGCUGGGACCCCCCAGCACCAACAUGGACUAUCACCAAAUCGGACGCUCCAUCUCCACACUCAUGUCUGACAAGCACUUCCAUGAGUCGGCCUAUCUGGCGGACGACCGCCAGGACCUGCUCAACGCCAUCAACGGCUUCCUGGACUGCAGCAUCGUGCUGCCCCCCUCCGAGAUGGGUGGUGAGGAGCUGCUACGCUCCGUGGCACGCUUCCAGAAGGAGAUGCUUCGCAAGCGGGAGGAGCAAGGAGCCCUGCUGGCCAAGGAGCCCAAGAGCCAGAAGGAAAAAGAGGCCCUCCUCUCGCCCGGGAAGCCGGGAGACGACCCCCUGCAGCGUACUGGACGCCCCUUCGGAGGCUUAAUCCGAGACGUGAAGCGCCGCUACCCGAAGUACGUGAGUGACUUCAAGGACGCGCUGAACGCCCAGUGCGCUGCGGCCGUCAUCUUCAUCUACUUCGCUGCCCUCUCCCCCGCCAUAACCUUCGGAGGCCUCCUGGGUGAGAAGACUGAGGGUCUGAUCGGUGUGUCUGAGCUGAUCGUGGCCACAGCGGUGCAGGGUGUUCUCUUCUGCCUCCUGGGGGCCCAGCCGCUCCUGGUGGUGGGCUUCUCCGGACCACUGCUCGUCUUUGAAGAGGCCUUCUACUCGUUCUGUAAGGGGAACGGGAUAGAGUACCUGACGGGUCGGGUGUGGAUCGGCUUCUGGCUCAUCGUCAUCGUGGUGACGACAGUGGCCUUGGAAGGUAGCUUCCUGGUCCGCUUUGUCUCACGCUUCACCCAGGAGAUCUUCUCCUUCCUCAUCUCGCUCAUCUUCAUCUUCGAGACCUUCUCCAAGAUAGGCAAGAUUUUCAUGGAGCACCCACUGCAGCGCUGUUACCUUGACAACAGCACGGCGGAGAACGCCACGAUGGAGAAUAGUACCGUGGAGCUAUUGCUUGGCAACGGCACUAUUUCGGUGGUGUCGGUGAAAGUCCUAGGGGAACCCAACACGGCACUGCUCUCCCUGGUACUCAUGUCUGGAACCUUCUUCAUUGCAUUCUACCUGCGCAAGUUCAAAAACAGUGCCUUCUUCCCUGGCAAGCUCCGUAGGAUUAUUGGAGAUUUCGGGGUCCCCAUAGCCAUCCUCAUCAUGGUUCUAGUGGACUACAGUAUACGUGACACUUACACACAGAAACUGAGCGUGCCCAGUGGCUUCUCUGUGACCAGUCCUGAGAAGCGUGGCUGGGUGAUCAACCCCCUAGGCAUGUACACCCCGUUCCCCAUCUGGAUGAUGUUUGGCAGUGUGCUGCCCGCCCUGCUGGUCUUCAUCCUCAUCUUCAUGGAGACACAGAUCACCACUCUGAUAGUGAGUAAAAAGGAGCGGAUGCUGGUGAAGGGUUCUGGCUUCCACCUGGACCUGCUGGUGAUCGUAGUGCUGGGCGGCACCUCUGCCCUGUUCGGCCUGCCCUGGAUGGCAGCCGCCACUGUGCGCUCCGUAACGCACGCCAAUGCCCUCACUGUCAUGAGUAAGGCGGUCGCCCCCGGCGACAAGCCCCGCAUCCAGGAGGUCAAGGAGCAGCGGGUUACAGGGUUGCUGGUGGCCAUCUUAGUAGGCCUUUCCAUUGUGAUCGGAGACCUGCUGCGUCAGAUCCCCAUCGCUGUGCUGUUUGGCAUCUUCCUCUACAUGGGCGUGAUGUCACUCAAUGGAAUCCAGUUCACCGAGCGCCUAAUGUUACUGCUGAUGCCCCCCAAGUACCACCCCGACCACACCUACGUCCGCAAGGUGAAAACGCUGCGGAUGCACCUGUACACGGUGAUCCAGCUGGUUUGUCUGGCGGCGCUGUGGGCCGUCAUGUCAACCGUGGCCUCUCUGGCUUUCCCUUUCGUCCUCAUCCUCACCGUCCCCGUCAAGAUGUUCCUGUUGUCGCGCAUCUUCACCGCCCGCGAGAUGCAGUGUCUGGAUGCUGAUGACGCAGAGCCCAUCUUUGAUGAGAGAGAGGUCCAUGAUGAAUACUCAGAGAUGCACAUGCCUGUGUGACUCACACCAUAAUAUACCUACCAGCCACUGUAUUCUUCCCUCAGUGUCCACACCAUUCUGCCAAUCAAUCAACCAGCCAAUGAGAUGCCUGCCCAACGGAUCCACCAGCAAAGACCCUCUAUAUAUAUAAAAUUGACAGACCCUCUGACCAUCAUUGAGCACUGUUGGUUUCCAUUGCUUUAACCACACCUGACCAAAGGGUAAAGAUGUCGCAUGCAGGCUUUGGUCUUCUGAGACCCAGCUCUGUCAUGGAGGGGUUUAAGACCACUCAUAACCCCUGUCAAUCUCAUUCACUGGGACAGAGUUCAAUUGGGUGUCAUGAGUAGAUUCAACGCUCUCAUGACAACAUACAGGCGUUCUCAUGAUGACACACAGCUGGAAAUGGGGACACAUAUGGGGGAACUUCCUGUCCUCCGAAGGGGUCAGGCGUUAGGGGUCAUAACCCUUCAGAGAGCACUUUGUGGCAUUCGGUAUGAAUACAGACUGAAAGGUCCAAUUGGUUCAGCAUAUUUAUUUCGUUCAUCAUCAUCAUCCAUGUUUUAAAAUAUUUCAACAUAUUUGCCUUUUUUUGUGGGGGGGGUUCAAAUUCAGUUGUGUGUUUAUAGAUGUGUAUUUUCAAGGUUUAUUCCAGUGACCGUAUAUGGUAGGUAGUUUAGUACACAAUUAUUCAUUUUUCAACCUUGAAAGGUUGUGCUGAUUCACAUUGAAUGUGUGGAGGAUUAUAUAUACAUUCCUUGAGUCAAUAUAUUUAACAUAUUGUGCUUUCACUUUUUAUGUUUAGCUCUUUUAGCUCACUAAGUGCCUUAUGAAGGACAUGAUGGCUGUACAGAGAAACCUAAUUAUGUUACUUUUGUUUUUAGCAGCUGUUCCUUCAAGAGCACCUCUAAGCCCUCUGCACUAUUUAAGGCACCAAAUCUGGACAUUUCAACAACAAAAAAUAUUUUGGGGUAUAUUAUUGAAUGUUUUAUAUUUUACUUAGUGUCUAUCAAACACUAUGCUGUGUAUUUUUGUAUUUUUUUUUUUAAUAUGCCUUAGAUUUUUCUCUCCUGACCAAUUCCAUUAGCUAAAAAGGAAGGAGUGUGAUUUUAUGUUUCCAAGCGAUUGCAAAGGGGACACAAACUGCUCCAACCUCAGACUGAUAUUAAGGUAGUGGUAGUCCAGUGGUUUUACCAAUAGUCAUUACAACACUGCUCAGCAAUCACAGCAGUCUUGUGAAGUCUUGAUGAAAUGUGCGUGUCUAUGUUAUUGUGUAGAUUAUUUGCUUUCAUCCAGUCAUCAUCCCCCUCUAGUGUUUAUGCUGCCAUUGUGGUGGCUAAAGUUUACCAGCAGAGGGAGACAAAAUGUAACCAAAGCACACAUUGUAGUACCAAAUGAUUUUAAAGUACUGUACUGAACGUGAAAUAACUCUCCCCAACCGUUUCUUUUUCGUUAGCAUUUUCUCCAUAAAAACUGAAAUGGGAUGACAUCUCUCAAGUGCUACACAAUCUCAAGACAUUUCUGAAGUACUGUGUAUAUACACUAAACAUAGUGCUACUUUCACCAAGUACAGUAAACGUCUUGUAUUGUUUUAAUAAGGAGCUGUUUGGUUUCUCAUGUUUGGUCAUCUAAAGUAUAUCCUGCUGAAUCCCUUUCUGAAGGUUAUCGACAUGCAUCUGUGGGGUUCACAAUGAGGACAUCAAUAGAAGAGACAGUAUAUGUCCUGGGGGGGGGGACCUUUUGCAUUCUCACUGUGUGUUUGUUAAAGUGGUCUACCUACCAGCAUAAAGCUAGUCAGUGUUUUGGGGGGGGGGGGCACUAAUCUAUUUGUAUUUUCCUGUGUGUGAGUGGUUUUAUUUCUUGCCAAAUCUCGGCCAUUUAAAACGUUUCAAGUGUGGUCAGAACUAUCAAAUGUGGGCGUUAACUCACCUGUUCCUUGCCACCAGGUUUAUGAUGUUCCCGAGGUGGGUAAAGUGGUUCAGCAGGUCAAGGCCAUUCUCUCACAACAUUCCAUUUUUGUCAUACCUCUAAGGUCUUUUUUUUUUUCAAGUAGUAUUAGUGAUUAUUAUCAAAAUGUGUCAUUAUUAUCCAAAGUUUUUAUAUAGAAUCAAAUGUGUUGUCUAAAAUUCCUAAAUGAUACUGUUGAUGAAAUUUCUGUUCAGUCUGUGUAGGCAAUCUCCUUAGUUUCGCCCAUGCCAGGGUAAUCUCUUGUGGACAGACUAUGUAAACAUAAAUCGUACUGUAGAUCUGUCAUGAUACAACUGGAUGUGUGAGAUCAGCAGCAUUAGUUCCAGUGCUUGGGUUUUUUGUCACUGGUUAUUUGGACAAAUCCUGAUUUUGCAGGUGUUAGCAUCUUUCUAAUUUCGGAUGGAGCAGGGACAUUUGGCUCAUAUACUUGCCUGUAACUUGCAAAGAGAAAGGGUAGAGUUCUUUUGUUUUCGGUUCUGAUCCUCGUUCUAUCUCUUCUCUUAACACUUAUGGACCCAGAUCUUAAUUGAACAUCUGACCAAUUACGCAAGACUUAAGUUCUGGGUUUACUAAGAUUGAUGCCAGGGGAAUGGCUUGAAGCCUUUUUAAAGAUGUUGUUUUUAAUAUAUACGGAUGUCUGAAGUUAGACCUAUGAAUAUACUUUUUUUUACCUGAAAUGCAGUCAUUGAUUGUGAAGACUGGACCUCAUGUCUGUCUUUUGUUCUUUAUUGCUUUACUGUUUCUCAAGCAAGGGAGAGGCCGAAGACAUCACUAAUCCCUUCAGAACAACUCCUUGAAUACCCUACUCCUUGAAACAUAUUUUUUUUAUCCUUUAGUGUGUGUACUUUACUGUAUUUAUACUUGGGAUAUUGCCUUUCAACAGUAAAAGUUCAAAAAUGUAUCUUUCUGUGCACCUCAACUAAGCUAUACUCGGCUCCAUAUUCCCAUGGUCUAUGGCUACAGGGAGCCCAACUCUGAUCUUUUGUUCAAUUAUUGGCAAAAGAGCUGAUCUGAUUGGUCAAAAGACCAAUAAGUGGAAAAAAUAUCAGAAUCCGGCUGCCGGUGUAAACGCAAUCGAAGUCCUAUAUUUGUGCCUGAAUUGAUCUACAGCUGCACGUGAAUGUAUACGAUAUGUGAUUGUGACAUUUAUCACCUGAAUCUGUCAUAGCCGUCAUAUAUGUUUCCAGUAUGUCACUCAAGUUCAAUUCGUUUUCACUUUUCGAAUGCCCAUGGAUCAAGGCCUGCAUUCACAACACGUUUCAGAGUAGGAGUGAUGAUGGGAUCAGAUUUCCAUUUUAGAUCCUACUGAAUAAGAUGAUAUGAACAGAGGGGAUCUGAUCCUAGCACUCCUACUCACUCUUCAUGAAUACAGGUCCUGAUCCCUCACAUGUAUUGCAAUGUGGCAUUAUGUGUUGUCUUGAGUGUUUGAAGGGUGUUGUGUAGAUGUUUUAAAAGAUGUUGCCGUAAUUCAUGACCAUGGACAAAAUGGUGGUGUGCAAAUUUUUUUUUUUUUAAUGGAAAGCGUUAUGGAUGGAGGGAAUAUGUUCUGUACAUGAUUGUCAGUGCCCAUGGAAACAUUGCUAUAAUGCAGUUCCAUUUUAAAAGAAACACAAAGCA